AUGAAAUUUUCAUCAAUCGCUAUCGCUUUGAAUUUAGCUCAAGCUAUUUUAGCUGCUCCAGUUGUUAUCACAAGACAACAUACUGCUGAUGCCGUCACUGUUACAGAUACUUAUUCAACUACUACAAACACACAUACUGCUCCAACUGUUGAAAUUUUGGUUAGUGAUGGUGCUACUUAUACUUAUACUUUAACUGAUGCUACUGUUACUGAAGCUACUACAUUCACUAGUUAUAUCAACAAAGAUGCUGAUCCAGUUACAAGCUCACCAACUACUACAUUAGCUCCAUCAAAUACACCACAAGGUGAUAACAAUGAUAACAAUGACAACAAUGACAACAACAACAACAACAAUGGUGGUGAUCAAUCUUCAUCAGCAGCUCAAUCAACUGACAACAACAACAACGGUGGUGAUCAAUCUACUUCAGCUCCUCAAUCAACUGACAACAACAAUGCUGGUGAUCAAUCUUCUUCAGCUCCUCAACCAACUGACAACAACAACAACAACAACAACAAUGGUCCUGCUUCAUCAACUCCUGCUGAAACUUCAUCAAGUACCUCACAAACUCCAAGCUCUACUACAUCAAAUGCUCAAUCUUCAGAUGUUCAAACUACAGAUGCACCAAGCUCUUCUACCUCAGAUGAUCAAACCACUUCAAGCUCAUCAACUUCAUCAACUUCAAGCUCUACUUCAGGGGGUAAUUCAGGAUCUGUUCCAAGUGCUAUCGUUUACAGUCCAUAUAAUAAAGAUGGUACUUGUAAGGUUAAUGAUGAUGUUAAGUCUGAUUUACAACAAAUUUCUGGUGUUGGUAUUAAAGUUAUUCGUAUUUAUGGUACUGAUUGUAACUCAAUCCAAACUGUUUUACCAAAUGCUGUUUCUUUAGGAUUGAAAGUUAAUCAAGGUUUCUGGAUCUCUUCAUCAGGUUCUUCAUCAAUUACUGAUUCUGUUCAAGAUAUUAUUGAUUAUGCUAAAGAAAACAGUUGGGAUGUUUUUGAUUUCUUAACUAUUGGUAAUGAAGCUGUUCAAUCUGGUUAUAUUUCAGUCUCUGAUUUAAAAAGUUUAAUCACUUCAGUCAAAGGUAAAUUACAAUCAAAUGGUUACAAUGGUAAAGUCACCACUUCUGAGCCUCCAGUUACUUUCCAAGAAAACCCAGAUUUAUGUUCAGCUGAUGUUGAUUUCUUAGGUAUUCAACCACAUCCAUACUUUGAUCAAAAUUCAAGUGCUAAAACUUCUGGUUCAUUUGUUAAAGGUCAAGUUGAUUUAAUCAAAAAAGUUUGUGGUAGUGAUAAAGAUAUUGUUGUUACUGAAACCGGUUAUCCACACAAAGGUAUUCAAAACGGUGGUAAUAUCCCAUCAGAAUCAAACCAAAGAAUUGCUGUUGAAGGUAUUUUAAAAGAAUUAGAUAAUCAAAUCACUUUAUUAUCAACUUUUGAUGAUUUCUGGAAACAACCAGGAUCAUAUGGUAUUGAACAAUCUUUUGGUGCUUUAUCAAUUUUUGAAUAA